UCAGUGCACGAGAGAGCCUCGUGGUGGUUUGGCUCGGCUCGUUUUCACGCAAUUAUCCAUGUGGAUCGUGAAACACACGCCAUUAGACCCUUCCGGGAAAUCGAAUGCCAUCGAGUGUCACGAAACAUUUUAAUAAAAUAAAUUCUGAGAUAAAUUGUUUAGAUGAAAUAAUAUCAAGUAAAUAAAUUAUGACUUUGAAUGGUUCAAUAUACGAAAGUUAUUAUAUUAGUGGAUUUUAAGUUACACAGAUUCAAAGCAUAGUUGAUUAAACUGUCCAGCUCUUACGGCGAAUAAAAUUGGAGUCUCUGGAUUUUGUUAACGCUUUGUGAUUAACGAAUUUAUAAUUGAAAGUUUGUGUAAAGAAUAGAUGUUUGUUUUCAGAAGAAUUGGCAGUAGAUCGUAGAACGUUGUACUUUUUGGAGACUCGUAGAUUUCUUCGAAAAGAUACAUUUAAAUUACACGUAAAAUUACAUUUUAAUUUUGUUUAAAUUAUUCUGCACGGUUGCAGAGAUUCGAUUUAUCUUUAAGAAGAAAGUGAGGUAAAAGUGAAAUAAAGAAAAUUAUCUUGUUUUUUUUUUUUUUUUUUUUGGAAGAAUUAUUAUAUUUUUCGAUGAAUGAUCAGAAAUCGACAAUAACUUUGACGUAAACAGAAAGCGUGAAUUUCAAGAAGAGCCAAGUAAUUCAAUUGUUCUUGACAAUUAUCAAAAUCGGAAAAAUCGUGGAACAUGUAAAGAGAUUCACAAGGAAGAGGAAUUGAAGUAUCUUCUGGGAGAAAAAUGAUUUACAAAAAGAAACGUGCAAGUCCAAGAAGAAUGGAUUCACGUAGCACGUGUCAACACGUGGCGAGUCGUCUCGACAGUGUGUCUGACUCAAAGGCACAGGCUAGUCUAUAUUUAAAACGCCACGAGGGUAUCUAAGUCACUCUGAAAAUCCUGAAAAACCCAAAAAAGCGAGGAAGAAAGAAGAAACAAGAAAACUAAAACGUGACGCAAAGAUAAAAUGCAAUACGUAAUUCGAAUAAUGCUCGAAUAGCUUCGAUCUAUAAUUUUGCUUGCAAAAGGGACUAAAGAAAAUUUCCAGCAUUUCUAAGAAUCCUUCGAAUGUCCGAGGAAUCACGACAGAGCUGAUCCAUUAACGCGAGAAGUAAUAUGAAAAGGCCGAGAACCUGGACAACUAAUUUCAAGUGAUCGAAAUCGAACGGAACGAAAUUUUCAAAGUCAAAAAAGAGAGACGAUAAAUAAAGCAAAGAACAGGCAUAGGUGCGAAUCAGAGAAAAACAAUAGGAAGGGAAUGGAAAUCGAAAUCAAAGGGGGACAGCUUGGAUUAAUAAUAGUGAUCGAAAAAUUCAAGAUCGGACGAUAAGAUAAACGGGAUUUUCGCUUCUUGAGAAAUUGAUCGUUCCUUCGGCGAAACGUAUACUACGACCUGACAAUAGAUUUCGUUAAACUCGUUUCCGAUUCUUGGCGGGUCGCGGACGAAGUCGAUAGCAGGAGAGAGGUUGUGCAUUCGAACGAUAUAAUCCAGGAAAAGGCAGAAGGGACAGGACGACUGGCGAUACUGACGUUUCCUAUUAAACGGGACCGUGUAAUUUUGCUAUUGCGCCGGGUCAGCGAUCGCGUAUAAUCGGCGCUCCCCUUUUUAGCAUUCUACCGUGUUCCUCCUAUUAAUUUAUCUGGAACGGAUCGCGGAGGCCAGAGGUAAGGCAGACUUUUAUCCGGAAACGGCCGGUCGAGGGAUCGUCAUGCGGGCGGACCAAGAGGAAUUGGACCUUCUGACCUAAACGGGUACAAAACGUCAUAAACAAUAAUACACCACCACUCUCCACGGAUCACGGACCACGGACCACCAGCGGACCACUCUCGAACGGUUCGAUAGAGUCAAAGUCAGAAGCGAAUAGAACGAGCGUAAAGUGUGAAAGAAAAGGCAACGAUAUCUCGAGUGGUCGGAUGCCGGAUGAAAGAUGGAAGGGGAUCGAGCAUCGUAUUCGACGUCCAACAGAAAUUGGCAGCGUGGAAAUUAUCGGGUCCGCGGCGGAAGGCGAAGAAAACGAAGGCGGAAGCCGUGGGGCGAGAGGAUCGCCGACUGGACCAGGGCUCUGAUAGCCUUCCUCUUCAGCAACGUCGGUAUAGUGUGCCUGGUGGUCGGAUAUACCAUAGCCGGGGCCUUCAUCUUCACCCACAUCGAGGGUAGAAACAACCUGGACAUCGUCGGGAACGUGAUCAGGUUGAGGAACGUGACAGCUGCCACCCUCUGGGAGCUUACGUCCAAGGAGAACGUGUUUUCCGAGAGGAUCUGGAAAGCGAAAGUGAAGGCGAUCCUCGAGAACUAUCAAAAGAAAAUGGUAAUGGCCAUAAAGAAUGGCUACGAUGGCGGGGAGGAAAACAAAAGGUGGAGCUUUGCUGGAGCAUUUCUCUAUUCUCUUACGGUGAUCACUACUAUCGGUUACGGAAACAUUUGUCCAAAGACGAAAUGGGGCAAAGUGGUGACCAUAGUGUACGCCAUAAUAGGCCUGCCACUUUUCUUGCUAUAUCUAAGCAACAUCGGUGACAUUCUUGCGAAAAGCUUCAAAUGGACCUACGCUCGUUGCUGUCUGUGCAAAUGUCGCAGAAGGCCAUUAGAGACGGCGCCAAGAGGAAAUACUCAUGAUGACGCGGAUGUAAGGAGAAAUCAUUGGCAAAGGCAUUUGUCGACAGAUGGUUGACAUAGAUGGAAGAGAAGUUGAUUCGUUCAGCGUGGACAAGAAUAUUUC